UUGUGCGUGCGUGCGUGUGCUUGUGUGAAGCCGCGAGGCGUAUCUAUGUGAGUGUGUGCAGGUGCCCGUGGACGUCGUUCCACGAGAGGCCGGUGAAGGUUCAUGCUCAGUGGCAGGAUUCGUCGGAGGGCCCUGGCCCUGCUGGGCGCCCUCCUGCUGGUGAUCCUCGUCUGGCCUCCCUGCUGCGCCACCAUGCCGAAACCGUUGCCGACGGUUCCGCCCCGAGCACCCUGGGACAUUGUGCCACCCGCUCGUCCACAUCCAGCCGCUGCCGUCUUGCCGGUACCGCUGCAACCGUGGACGAACGGGGAGGGUACGAUCGCCCCAAAACGGCAUCACGUCCCAAUCAGCCUCGGCAGCGAACGGCAGCAGGAAGGGCAGCAGCAGGAGCAGGAACCAGCGGAAUCGGAGAGCCGGAAGAGCCGGCGUGUCAGUGAAUUUUACCGCUUGUUGCGUGCCCUCAGCCCAAUCACCCAACCACGACCAACACUCGAACCGAACGCACGAACACAGAGUGAAGUGAGUGCAGCAGUGCAGUUAAAUUUACCGUCGCGCGAAAAUAGAGCCGGCCGCGACGCGCGUGAUUAUUUAAUAGAACCGAUCGAUAAAAAUAAAUCCCAAUUGGCGAAACCGACGGGUGGUGCGGUCGACUUAUCGCAGGAUAUCGUGCCGGUCCGUGUUCACGCCAGGUUCGAUGACACGAAUCCAUCGCCGGUACCGUCCCGAAGUAGACGCGAGGCACUGCCCGGCAAUGCUCAUCGCCACCAGCAUCAACUGCCACCCGCCGGCCAGCCACUGAAUGGUACGGGUGUGUGGCAUGGGCGGCGCGGUGGUGGCGGCGGCCGACAACAUCAUCAUCAUCAACAGCAGCAGCAGCAGCAUCAUCUGCAACAACAGCAGCACCGGAACAAUGAAUCGAAUCUCGAGCGCAACGAACGUUCCGCCAACCUGUCGCACAUAACCGGUGCAACUCGCAAGAUCCAGCUGUUUAUCAAGAACCGCUACAUACAGCUGCUGCCCGACGGAACCGUCAACGGCACGUACGAUGAUCUCAGCGACUACACGAUUCUACAGCGGACAACCGUCGGGAUAGGACAGAUCAAAAUUCAAGCCGUUGCGACGUGCCUGUUCCUCUGCAUGGACACCUGCGGUACCGUCUACGGUUCGAAAGAAUUCACCGACGAUUGCAUCUUCAACGAGCAGAUGGAGCAGCAUCACUACAACACGUAUUCCUCCACGCAACACUCGAACGCACGCCGGACGCUGUAUCUGGCGCUCAACAAAACGGGCCAGCCACGCAAAAUCCAGAUCCCAGUCAAUCGAACGCUCGGCAAGCUGGCCACCUACACGAAGGCGCUCACCCAAACGGUGGCUCACGAUCGUGUGGAGCAGCUCAUCUCGCGGCUGUUCGGUGCUGACCACGUUCGCCACGGACUGAACCAGCUGUGCGAAACGGGGCAACCCUUGGUAGAGCUGACGGCGAAGGAAAUGCGCCCACGACCGGCCUGUGGCCCGCAGGCAGGUUCGGCGAAAGGCGUUGCAACAAGUGGUGGUGGCUCUGGUGGUGGUAAGAAGAACAAUCAGCCAAACGCUUCUGGAAAAGACGAGAAGGAGGGGCUGCGACAGAAGAAGAAGAAAAAGCGGCGGAAAUGUCGCGAGGAUGAGGUGCCAGGAGAGCACUGCUUCCGACCGGGUGUGCCGGGCACAGGCGUAGGUGGUACAAAUAGCGGUAAGAGGAAGGCAGGCCCAAACCAGGGACAGGCCCGGGGCAGUAGUAGUAUUAGUAGCGAUAGUGGCAGUAUCAGCCCUAGCAGUAGCAAUAGUUCUGUAGGUAGAAGUAGCGCAGGCACCAACCAGUCAGCCAGUCUCAACAACGUCACCAGCAGCAGCAAUAGCAGCAGCAGCAGUAGUAGUAUUAGCAACAGCAGCAGUGCAAAUAGUCUAAUAGCAAGUAUUAGCAACGGUGGACCUAAUCGUCCGGGUCAACCGUACGCCCAACUCACAGCAACACCAAAUACCCGGAAGCCAAAACCAACGAAAAAGCUUCCAGCCGGCCCCCAGCGGAACGGAACACAACCGCCAAGCGGAAGUUCCGGCCCGUCCGUCGGCGGGCAGUCUCGGAAGCCGAAAAAGCCCCACCAGCAGCCACAGCAACAGCAUCAACCGGGCAGCGGAAAGCGGAACGGUAACCAGACCAAACCAAGCAACGGUUCGGCCAAGAUCAAGCUUGUCGGUGCGAGUAUAGUGACCAGCAAGCUGAGCCAUCCAAAACCGGCCUCAUUAACGAUCGCACGCACGGUGCGUCCUACGACACCGUUCCCACUAGCAACGCCCCGACCCACCACCAAACCGACGACGAUCAGCAACGAUCUGCAGGAUACCUCGCAACAGUCCGACGACUCCGAGCUCGAGUUGGACGACGUACUGCAACCGUCUGGCGAGCUCGUGGACGAGCUGGACGAGCUCGACGAAGGUAAUCUUACUCAUGCUGGUCAUGCUAUCAACUUUGUGGAGGAGGAAGACUUAGAUGAUAUGGAGUUUUGAAGUACUUUCCAUUUGCGCGUACAAUGUAGUGUUUGGCAUU